AUGAAAGAAAGAAAACAACCAGGAGAGUUCAAUUCACAUGAUUCAAGUACCGAUAUAUUCGAUGAUUAUGACGAAUCGCCUGAACUCGAUCGUAUUCAAAGUCAAAUGAGGUAUGCUGGUUUAUGUCUAGAUUGUCAACAGAUAUUAUCAGAUAUGCUAAAGGCUGAAGAAUUUCACAUGCUAUGUACAUUAUGCGGUUGGAAUAGUCAUUUUGGAAACUAUGAGGACCAUCCAAACCGUUGUAAUCAAAGAUGGAUAUGUAAUUGUUGUAAUAUACCUUUAUUAUCUUCUUGUAUUUCUCAAGAAUCGGUCAUGCCGGAAAGUUCAAAUAGAACGAGAUUUUUACUACGUUUUUCAGCACGUCGUUACCCUGAUGUAUCUAAGAAUACCAAUGCUUUUUGUCAGACAAUAAAUGAAAAAAUGAAACAUGUUGAUGAUAAUUUUAUUGUUCAGAACAAUACAUUGCGAUACCUAAGUCAAGAAUGUUCAUUAUUAAAAAUUAAUUGUGAACAAACAAAUGCUUGUAUAAAAAGAAUUAAAUCUAAUCAAGAUAAAUUUGAAAAACUACUUCAGGAAACCAAACAACUAGUUGAAGAUAUGCAUUAUAUAAGUUAUAAUGGCGAACUUCUAUGGAGAAUUGAAGGUUUUACUCAAAAAUUUGCUGAAGCUCAAUCUGGAAAACAAAUGUCAAUUGUAUCACCAAUAUUGUAUUCAUCACGAAAUGGUUAUAAAAUGCGUGCUUGUUUAUUUUUAAAUGGAGAUGAUGAUGCACAAGGUACACAUAUGUCUAUAUAUAUCGUUCUUUUGAAAGGAGAAUAUGAUGCUAUUCUUCCAUGGCCAUUUAAUAUUCCCAUGAUAUUUUGUCUGUUUGAUCAAACUGGCCACAAUCACAAUAUCAUUGAUAAAUUUUGCCCUGAUACAACAUCAAAUAGUUUUCAAAGACCAAUUUCAGAAAAGAACAUUGCUAGUGGUAUACAAAAAUAUUGUCCAUUGGCAAUUAUUAAAAAACGAAUGAAUAGUUAUGUUCAAAAUGAUGAAAUGUUUAUUAAAAUUAUAGUUGAUUUUCAUGAUACACCUAGACAACUUUUACCAGAGAUAUUGAAACUUAAUCCUGGAUUUCCGGAAUAUGUGCAAGAAGAUAAAAAACAUACCGAAAGGAACUUAUAUAAACAAGUUCGAGAAGCACUUGAGGCAGUAAAAAGACGAAGUAAUCAAGAAGUAUUACAAUAUGGCUUAGUUCCUACGUAUUCAUCAAGACUGUCAAGUACAAGACAGCAACAACAAACUUCAACAACAAACUUCCAUGGUACACCAUGUGAAGAUACAUCAGAUGAAUGA